GCUGUUUGUUGGUAUAUUCCUCAUCAUCCUGUUAUCAACCCUAAAAAGCCUGGAAAAUUAAGAAUUGUUUUUGAUUGUGCAGCUGUCUAUCAAGGUUGUUCUCUUAACGAUCAGCUUUUGAGAGGACCUAAUACUGUAAAUAGUUUAAUUGGUAUACAUCUACGAUUCAGAUUAUGCAACGUAGCAUUAGCCGCUGACAUCGAGGAGAUGUUCCUUCAAGUAAAGAUCCCGAGAAGAGAUAGGGGAGCGUUUCGACUAUUAUGGUGGGAAGACGGUGAUAUAGGACGAAAGGCUAAAGAAUAUUGUUUGACAGUUCAUCCGUUUGGAGCCGUGUCCUCUCCCCUUUGCGCUAAUUUCGCUCUUCGGAGGACGGUAGAUAUAUUCGGAAAGGAAUUGAAUAAAGAUGUCCAGGAAGUUGUAGAUAAGAGUUUCUAUGUCGACGACUAUUUAACUUCAAUUGAUAACGUGCAGGAUGCAAUCGAGCUUGCAAAAACCCUUGGUUUACUACUCAGAAAAGGUGGGUUCAGACUUACCAAGUGGAUAAGUAAUUGUUUACAUGUUCUCGAAUCAAUUCAUCCAGAAGAGAGAGCAGAAGCCGUAAAAGAGAUUGACUUUGACAGACUUCCUACGGAACGCACAUUGAGAUUAUUUUGGAAUACUGUGGUUGAUGCGUUUGAAUUUAAAGUUCGCAUACCGAAAUGCCCUCUCACUAGGCGAGGUAUAUUGUCGAGUGUAGCUUCAUUACACGACCCCUUGUGAUUGUUUGCACCAUACAUACUUCCUAUGAAGCAGUUACUUCAACGUUUGAGUAAAUUGGGACUAGGAUGGGACGAAGAGAUCUCAAGUGAGGAAGGCAAACGCUGGUUAGAGAUUUUAAGUGGAUUUCAGAAGGUUGAGAACGUUAGUUUUCCACGCUGUGUAUUAUUCCCACAGUCAGAUCGCUCGCUCCUGGAACUUCAUAUUUUCUGUGACGCCUCGGAAGUUGGAUAUGAGGCGGUGGCAUACAUCCGUUCUUACAUUGAUGCUACUAUUAUAAAGAAGCCUAAACCUCAUUCUCUUUCGGAUGCUAUGACUAGCAAUGGAAAUAGUAGCCAUCAGAACCUUAGUAGUGACAGUGAUAAUAAGGAGAUAGAAAGUGUCAGCAGUCCACUUAUAGUGACUAGUCUAUCAACUUCAUCGAAUGAGCCUCCUUGUGUUUCGACGUCAUUGGACCUCGUCACGAAUGUUAAGUUGAUCGAAGAUGCACAAGGUUGUGCAACUGUAACUGUUCCUAUUCCGGUUGACUGUCAGUCGAGUGAUGAUGAGAAGAAAGUGUUUGAUGGUAACAGCCAGUCUACAGUGUUGUGUGAUGACGAUGCUAUUGAUGAGCAUAUGUCUUGUGUCUCUGAGACGGAUGCUAAUGCAGACCGAAUCGACGCGACUUGUCUGACAGAACGGAAUCAUAAUGACGAUGAUAAUAAUCUGGAUGUCACUGAUGUGACAAAUGAUUUGUCGACGUUGACGAAUGCUGAUCAAACCUCUGUACCAGGAGAUGGAGAGUUGAAUAUUGUUCCAAUGUUAUGCCACCUAGAGUCUUCGGGAGACGAGGAAACGUCAAAAUCGGAGAUCCUGCCCUUGCAUAUUAUCUAUGGGUCAAGAACUUCUGUUGAUAAGUCAGCAUCACGGGCUUCAUCGUAUCUGCUGUUUGGAGCAAUGGGUGGUGGAUUAACGACUCAUCCCCAUGAGGUGGAAAGUAAAUCUCUAAGAGGAUAUGACCAGCUUUACGACGUGUUGCACAUGUUCGUGUGGGUGAAUUGGAUAAGGUUUAUACUACCGUUAGGUCAUGCUACGAUAGAUAGGGGAAUCAAGGACCUGAUGGGAAUGUACAGGUUCAUAGUUUGAUAGGUCAUAUCCAUGUUGGAGGGCGGGUAGGCGUACUGCUGUAAGUCCUACUCGUUCUUCCGGUGUGGAUUAGGGGAUGAGAAUGAACCGUAAAUUGAAGUGUUAGAAAGGGCUUGUUUUGCUUAGAGGGAUAUUGUGGGCCGGUGUAGAAUUUAUAUUGAAUGUUUGUUGUUGAUUGCUUGUGAUGCACAUACUUGGAUUGUUGUUAUAUAUUUUUGUCGGUGAAAAGAACCAAGGUUCUUUUGGUCGGGAGUGUUACGGGAGAAACGAAGACAUUUUGCUGAUCAAAACCUUCAUGUAUAAAUAUCAUUAAUUUCACUGUUUUUGGGUACAUUUGUUUUACUUAACUUGUGAACUUGUUUGAAUUAUUAUUUGCGGACAUUUUGGACUCCCGUUUCUCCUUGUUGUUCGUUUGCAGUUUUUUGCUCCAAGAGCUAAUAAAUUAGAAGAACGACAUUGGUCGUCUAUUUGUAAUACAGCAUUUUGGUCGAAUUUGUGAUUUGGAAUAAACUUUGGUAUCUACUUUGGAGUUUCGUUCUUGGUUUAAAAUUUGGGACCGUGAAUUACAAAUAGUUCGACAACCGUGCUUCGUAGAAUCAACGGGCAAAAAACUGGACGUAACAGA